AUGAGAACUUAUAAUACACCAAAAGCAGAUGAAGUAGCUAUAAUAUAUGGUUAUGAAAAAUUACAUAGUGCUUAUAAUUCUUUACAAUAUCCAAUAUUAUUUCCAUUUGGAGAAUAUGGUUGGCAUAAAGGUAUAUUAAGAGCAAAUGUUCAACAAAAAGCAAUUAAACAAAAUAAAAAUGAAGAUAUUAAUAUACAAGAAGAAUUUCUUAAAAUAAUUGAAGAAGAAGAAAUUGUUAACCAAUUUGAAAAAGAUGAAGAAGAUCAAAUUGCUAAUCAAGUUGCUACAAAUAUUAUUAAAGAUUUUAAUUCAAAUUUAACUGCAGAAAUUCAACAAAAAGAAAUUAUUGAAGUUGAUGACUUUUCAAAAACAAUGACUGUUGAAUUUGACAAUUUAUUACAAAGAAGUUCAGGUUUAUCAGGUGUUUUUGAUGAUAUAGCUCUUAAAUCCUCUACAAGUAUGAGUAUUAAUAAACUUAGUAAAGAAAAAAUUAUAGAAAAAGAAAUUGAAUCUCAAACUGAAUUAAAAAAAGAUAAUAUUGAAUCUCAAACUGAAUCAGAAAAAGAUGAUAAUAAUAGUA